UCUCUCUUCUGCCCCUAACUUUCUCUCUCUAUCUCUAUUUUGUGAUUUUCUCUCUCCUCUGUAAUAAUUUAUAAAUUCUCACAUCAUACUCUCCUUUCAUCUCUCUCUCUUUUUCCUUUUCUGCGUUUUCAUUCAUUCACUCAUCUAAUCAUCUUCUUCCAUCAAUUUCUCUAUUUCAAUCUUAUUUUCUCUAAUUUCUUUUCCAUUCUCACGCAAUUCUAGGGUUUCUUUUUUCCCCUCUUUUCAUCACACAAUCGCGCAACACCCUCCCAGGUGGCAUGUGUGGGGCUUUGAAUUUCGGUUUGAUUAGGGAAGCCCCUUUUCUGUGUUCCCCCCAUUUUCCACCCAUGGGUGUGACUCUCAGAUUGGGGUCACCGUUUUUCUUUUUCUUUUUUGUUUUUCUUUUUGGUUUUCGGGAGAUUGAGAUGGUGGUUUAGCAACUGGGUUGUAUUUCUUACAGGCUUUCAGGAAAUAGUUGUUUGUGUUCAUUUAUGCUUGGUGGGGUUGAUAAUUGAGAGGGAUAGAGGCUGGGGUUUGGUUCUAUAUAUAGUAGUGUGUAGCAGUGGUUAGGAAGUUACAGAGGUUCUGUGAGGAUGACAGAUGUUCAGCCGCUACAGCAGAAGCCUGAGUCUGCCGAUGCUCAUGCUGAGUUCGAGCGUGGACUGGAGGACUUUAUGCGUGGGCAGUUGGAUGAUUGUAUGUCAUUUGCCUCCUGUAGUUCCUCCCAGGCUCAGGGGGAUGAGGAAGAUGAGGGUGAUCAGCUCGCUCGGAGGAGGCGUAGGUCUGAUCUUGAAGGGGAUGAUUUGGCGGAGUCCUCGGCUGCACAGAGGCGCCACUCGCAGUCUGAGUUGAUGGCGCUGGCUGGGUUGCACACGGUGUCUAUGUUGGACUCCUCUUUCUUGUGGGGAUCACAGUCCCCAACUUCUGGACAGGAGGGUGCCGUGGAGAGACCGAGCACUCAGGCAUCUGCUAUUCUGCAGAUGUGGCGCGAAUUGGAGGAUGAGCAUUUGUUGAACAGGGCUCGUGACAGGAUGAGGGAAAGGUUGAGGCAACAGAGGGGUUCUGAGUCUAAUACCAAUGGAUCCAGUACCAUGUCUGAUAGUCGAGGCAGUGAGAAUCAAGGCAGUUUGGGGGAUGCGAGUGAAAGCGAAAAUGAUUUUGGUACUUGGUCGCAUGAUCGGAUUGAAUCGCGGAAUGCACGUGGGGAUCAUCUUGUCUCAAGCAGGGAGCAAUCUCCUGAUCUUGGCGAAGUCGAGAGGGAGAGAGUUAGACAGAUUGUUCGAGGAUGGAUGGAAAGCGGUAUUGGUGAUCAUUCAUCGAAUGUGAAUCAGAGAAACAAUAAUGGUAGAGCAGAAUGGCUUGGAGAAACAGAGCGUGAGAGGGUAAGAAUUGUCAGGGAAUGGGUGCAAAUGACUAGCCAACAGAGAGGCUCACGUGGGAGCCGGAGGGAUGCUAAAGUCGAUCGAGCGCGCGAUGUGGUUGCUGAUCACGAUGAAGGCCAGCCAGAGCAUGUUCGGCGGGACAUGUUGAGGCUGCGUGGAAGACAAGCUCUAGUUGAUUUGCUUGUGAGGAUAGAGAGGGAAAGGCAAAGAGAGCUGCAGGGAUUGUUGGAGCACCGAGCUGUAUCUGAUUUUGCUCACCGCAACCGCAUUCAGUCUUUGCUCAGAGGUAGAUUCCUCCGAAAUGAAAGAACUGUUGAAGAUGAGAGACCUCCGUCUAUGGCUGCAAGUGAAUUAGUGCAGUUGAGACAACGACAUACAGUCUCUGGUAUAAGGGAGGGGUUUCGUUCAAGAUUAGAGAAUAUUGUUCGUAGUCAAGCAAGUACCAAUUCUGAUACUGCAUCAAAUAGUAACAUUAGUGAAAGUGAUGGGAGCCAAGCAAACAACCUGUUGGAUGCCCAACAAGAAAAUUAUGAACAAGAGCAGAUUAGGAACUUGGAAUCUGAUGUCCGUCAGUUGCCUAGUCAAACAGGAACUGUGGAGGGUAGCACAAAUGAGAGUAUUAGUUGGCAAGAAGGUGGUAAUCAAGGAGGAAAUCGGCAGGAACAGAUUACUGAAGAUGCAGAAGGAAACUGGCAGCAGAGUACCUAUGAUUGGCCACAAGAAACUCCCAGAAAUUUAGCUGGGGAAGACACACAUCCACGAGAAGCACAGAGAGUGUGGCAUGAGGAUAGUUCAAGGGAAACUGUUGGUAAUUGGUCUGAAGGACCUUCUGUAGCUCCAAGGAAUCGCCGUGGUGUUCCUAUUAGAAGAUUCAAUAGAUUUCAUCCACCCGAUGAUGAUAACGUGUACAGCAUGGAGCUUAGAGAGCUGCUAAGCAGGAGAAGUGUUUCUAAUCUUCUUCGCAGUGGCUUCCGUGAAAGUCUUGACCAAUUAAUUCAGUCAUAUGUGGAAAGGCAAGGUCGUGCACCAGUUGACUGGGAUUUGCAUAGGAACUUGCCCAUACCAACUCCUGCCUCAACUGAACAGGACACUGAUCAGCAAGGGGAUGAACGCAAUGAGGGUCGGCAUGAAGGUAUCAACAGACCUACGCUGGUGAUGCCGUCACCUCCAGUACCUCCACCACAACCACUGUGGCACCAGGAUCUCCAUCAAACUGGAUGGUCUCGCCAUAGCAUGCAUCGUUCUGAAAUCGAAUGGGAGAUAAUGGAAUUCAUUAAGGAUAGUGAAGCUUUGUUGGUGGAACUCAUUUGAUUGUUAGAUAAAUGUCUCUUUACUUUUCUCUUCAUUCAUGUAACUUAUUAACUCAACGUAGGCAUGGUUGCUGAGACAUCUGAUGAUGGGUCCAAGUGGGGGCAUGUGAAAAAGGGAACUUGCUGCGUUUGUUGCGAUAACCAUAUCGAUUCACUUCUGUAUAGAUGCGGGCACAUGUGCACUUGCUCAAAAUGUGCCAAUGAGUUAGUUCGUGGCGGAGGUAAGUGUCCUUUAUGCCGAGCACCGAUUGUUGAGGUGGUCCGAGCAUAUUCCAUACUGUAAAAAAAGGAAGUUAAAAGGGCAUUGGGAAAAAAGUUUAAAAAAGACAGAGAAAAAAGAAAAGGCGUUGUAACAACGAUCUGAGGGUGUUUUGAGUCUCAGUUCUUUCCCGGGGUUCUUAUUUAUAGUGUUGAGUAGGGUUGCCUUUGUUUUUCUGAUUAUAUGUGGAACUCCUUGAAUUGUAUAAUUGGAAUAGCAAAUGGCUCUGUUGAUUCAUCAUUCUUGCGUAAAUAAAAUAGUUAUUCUUUCUAAA